AUUGUGGUUUAAACAAUCAGUGUUUGAAAACAUUUUGUGUGGUGAAAAACAAAAAAACUUUAAUCAUGAAUGCUGAAAUCUUAGUGGCCAGUGUUGCCAUUAUACUUGCAACAUUUGCCUGUCAAAUGAGCAAUGCUGAAUACGAUGCUGCCACUUACUGUCCACUUGUACCAGUUGGCACAAAAUUUCCCAGUUUCCAAUCAUGUCAAACAUUUUACACAUGCCAAGCCAAUAAUAAGGUAGUUGAAUCUAGUUGUCCCGGCAGCGAUGUCUUCAGCAAGGAUGCACAAUCUUGUGUAUCCGCUUCGUCAGCAAACUGUUAUAAUGACGUUGCCAAUCCAUGUGAAAAUAAGGAUGGCACCUGGGUGCCUGACAGUAGAGAUUGCCGCAUGUGGCAUUACUGUUCGAAAGGUGCCAUAGCUGGCAGCGGUUCUUGUGCAAAUGGACAAUAUUUUGAUGGCACUGCUGGUAUGUGCGUUAAUGGCAAAUGUCCCAACAGUGGCGGUUCAACGGAAAUUACAAAUUUAUGCCAGAUUAUGCAAAACAAUCAAUUCUUUGGUGAUUUUGACAAUUGUGCCACUUGGCACAAGUGUUCAGGACCUGUCAUGCAUACUGCCAAAUGUAAUAAGGGAUUGAUUUACAACGCCGAAGAACGCAUGUGUUUGGCCAGUAAUGGUAAUAUGUGUGCUGGACCAGCAAAAGAAUGUAAUCAGAAGGCCAACAAUGAAGAGGUUGCUAAUCCAAGCAUAUGUUCCGUUUAUUUCCAAUGCACUCAAGCGAAUUCAAAUUGGUUGUGGAAAAAAAUACAAUGUCCCAUUGGUCAAUAUUACGAUUUGAAUAGUAAAGGUUGCCUAAAUCGUCAAACUGCUACACCGAUCAAAGGUUGCAAUCGUUGUGAAUUUACCACAGCCACCUGGGUAAAUGCUGUUGAUCCCGAUUGCAUAGAAUUUCUAACAUGUAGAAAUGGUCAGGAGGUUGGCAAAGGCAAGUGUCCCGUGGUUGGCGGUUUUUUCAACGAACAGGGACAAAUGUGCAUGAACAAUGACCAGGAUUUACCAGAGUAUAGAAAAAAUAAUGGUGCUUGUUACACCAAGAGUGCAGUGGCUCCCCCCACUAGUGCUCCGAAUACAGAAGCCCCUACUGAGGACCCUGAGAAAACUGAGCCAAACCCCACAACGGAGAAAUCGGAGAAAGAACCAACAACGGAGAAACAUGCCACAGAACCCGCAACAGAAAAACCCACAACGGAGAAAUCGGAGAAAGAACCAACAACGGAGAAAUCGGAGAAAGAACCAACAACGGAGAAACAUGCCACAGAACCCGCAACAGAAAAACCCACAACGGAGAAAUCGGAGAAAGAACCAACAACGGAGAAAUCGGAGAAAGAACCAACAACGGAGAAACAUGCCACAGAACCCGCAACAGAAAAACACACAACGGAGAAAUCUGCCACAGAACCCGUUACCAAAGAAUAAGCUUUCUUAAUUCACUAGCAUAACCACCACUGGUUAUUAUAGCAAUUAAAAUAUUUUCCUUCAAUCGAUAACUGUUAUAAUUUUGAAUAAAUAAAUUUUGUUUAUGGUUUUUGCGAAAUUA